UCAAGCGCGUCGCGUCUCACGUUCUAACCACCAUCAUCUCAGCUUUCCUGACGAAAUUCCAUUCCAAAGUGUUUUCGGUACAAAGGAUCUAUUGACAGGAACACUCUCGGCCAUUCAUGGUAAAAUUUCGAGGUGUUCUACAUAGUUCUUGGACGGUUAAUCUCUGCCGUGCCCAACAAACACCCCACUGCCAGUGUAUGACUCCUCAAAAAUCGAACAUAAUACGUUUCAAGCACUGUCGCAAAAUCCAGACUUGGACUUAUAUCCAGAACGGCUCCAUCGAUUAUUUCUGUCCCGUGGUCCGUAUUAGUAGGUUUCUGGGUCCUAGGAGUAAUCCCAUACGCGAUAUAGUCCAGACAACGAAUUGGGGGAAAGGGCAACCUGCCUACAAAAUUUCAAUCAUCCGGUUUCGCGCCUCGUUGCAAUUCUUGACAUAUCUUCCUGGCUCCUUUAUGUCGAUGUUUAACUCAGCCUGCUAAACUCCUUCAAGACUGAUGUACUUGUUGAUGCACGAUUUCAUCACUCGACAACGUUGAGGCCUGAGCCUGAGGUUUACUGCGGGGAUAUAGGAAUCAGUCAGACUUAGGAGCCGAGCGCUGAUGUUUCUCACGGGUGCCAUGCCAUAUUGGCCAUAAUAGCGUACAAAUACACCUCUGUCUUUGACUUGUAAUAUCUUUC